GGCUAUCAAAUAAAAAAUAAAAAACAUUCGGAGCUUCUGCCUCACGUUUGCCAAUUUCAACCGUGAACUCCUCGACUUCUCAAAAACUCUUGACAACGCCAUGGCUUCAAUAUUGAAGCGCAAAAGAGCGCAGACAGAGGUAGCGGAUAUUCCAAAACGAUCCAAACCUACGUCAGAAUCAGCAAACCCCUCCACGAAAUUUGCUCAGAGCAAUGGUGGAUUUGAUAUUUUCGAAGCGCUGGGAAAUGGAAAGGAAUUGGCUCAGGUCAAUGGUGCGCAUGUCAAAGACGAAUUUGAAUCAACGGAGGUUAUUGAUUUUGAGGAUCUCUUCGAGGAUUUGCCAUUCGAGUCAGUGGAUUCGCAAGCAAAACGAGGAUUGAAGCCAAGGAAGGAAAUAUGGGAAAAGAAAAUUCCGCAGGCACCGAAACCACUGAAAGACCAAAGUUGGAGAAUAUCCGAGCCUGUUGGUGGCCGUAUGAUUAAUGCAAAUCCUGUGUUCACAGAGGAUGAGAAGUAUGGCAUUAUUCCCUCUUCGUGACAAGCUCAAUUGCUGACUAGAAUUAAGAUAUCUGAUCUUAGCAAACCGAAUGAGCCUCCUCAUCUACUCAACUUCCGACUCCCUACUCACCCGAACGAUCAAAUUUGACCACUCGAAACAUCCUUUCGCUCAUAUAGUUGCAUACGAACUUUCACCUACUGAUUCUAACAUUGUUUGGGCAGCCCUAUCUGACGGCGCCAUAUACCGCCUAGAUUGGACUUCGGGAGCUGGUAAUGAUCAAUCUUGGAAGAUUUCGUCAACUGGAUGUAUACAUAUGACUGUUGCUUCUAUGGUAUCUGCUGGACGACGAAGAGAUGUGGUAUUCACUACUGAAACCAAGAAGGAUGGAGGCUGGCGAAUUACUGCAAAUGAAUUGACUCAGCCUGAUUCGCCGAUACAAACAGUCGCAAGGACCAUAUAUACUUCAAAAACACCGAUCAACUACUUGAAAACUGCCAAUGAAGGCUCCGUACUCCUCGCAGCUUCUGGUAAAAGCAUUUUACUAGGUUAUGUCCGAAACUUGGACUUUGAUACUACUGACAAGAUCAAAUAUGUAUUCCGUGUCUUUGAUUCGACUGCUCCUAUCAUGUCAUUGGAUGCAAGAGUAUAUCCUAGAACCGGUACUGAUGACAGGAAUAUAUCGAAAAAGACACCAGUGGUUGACGUAGUUGUUGGCGACGCGAAAGGAUUUAUAUUCAUACAUCGUGACUUGUUGGGCAAUCUCAUACAAUCAGAAAAUAAAAAUUACGCUUCCAUGGUCAACCUUGUACCAGCAAGAUUUCAUUGGCACCGAAAAAGUGUCGAGACAGUGAAGUGGUCACUGGAUGGUACGUUUAUUUGUUGUGCUUUACUACCUAACGUUGCAUGAGCUAACCUGGUAACAGGAAACUACAUCAUAUCCGGAGGCAGCGAAACAGUGCUCGUACUUUGGCAGUUGGAUACUGGAAAGAAGCAAUUCUUGCCUCACAUGACGUCAACUAUUCUUAAUGUGGUCGUGUCUCCUUCUGGAUCAUCAUACGGUGUCCAGCUCGCCGACAACUCUGCGAUGGUAUUAUCCACCGCCGAACUGGAACCCACGGCGAAUUUCGCUGGCAUCCAAUCCAGCGUCGUCCGGUACGCCGAACCUCAAGCAGAUGAAGUUCAGAGAGCCAAAUCUCAUAUCUACAAAUUUCAUGUCGUACAGCGGACACCUGCCGUUAUUAGUUCUUCAAACCCCUCGCAUCUGUUACUCGGUGUUGGAGAGAAUCCAGAAGUACCGUUUUACGGAGCUCCCAUCAGGAAUUGUUCGUUCUUACAAACUUAUGAUCUCAGUGCCGGGCAUAAUGUUUCAAAGCAAGCUCUUGCAAGGACGAAUGUCACAACUUUAAAUGAGACGCCAAAUGCACGUCCAAUGUCGGAACCCAGAAUUACCCAUAUUCAAAAGUCUCAUGAUGGGCUUUGGCUAGCUACUGUCGACGAGUGGACACCGUCUCAUGCCGACCUCGAUUUCAUUCAGCAUCAAGCUACAAAUCCUUUUGCCGAGCUCAAACUGAGACGCGAAAUCUGUUUGAAGUUUUGGCAGUGGAAAGAAGAAGGCCAGUUAUGGGAAUUGGUAUCGCGAAUUAAUACUCCCCACACGGCAAGUGAUGCCGCACCUGGAGCAGGCCAAAUCCUAGGCCUCGCCACAGACCCCAGCUCUUUGAGAUUCUCUACAAUAGGAGAAGACAGUGUGGUACGUACAUGGGUUCCAAAGACUCGAAAAAGAGAUGGCAUUGCGGUCAAGGAUGGGAAGGGCAAUGCACUCAAAAACUGGCACUGCCAGCAUGAGAUCCAACUCGAGAAGUCUGAACUUACAGAUGACUACUUGCGUAGCACGCCAUAUAAUGGCGCUGUAGCGUUCGCUGAUGAUGGCUCAAUACUAGCUGCAGCAUUUGGUAAAAAUGGAACAGUUCAUAUGAUCGAUCCGGAACAGGGCUCCAUCACAGCUUCACAGCACGGCUUAUUUGAAGGUAGUAUUGUGGCUAUGGAAAUCUUGGGUAGAGAUCUUAUAACCUUGUCCGAUUCAAUUCGUGUACAUGAUUUGGUUUCGGACCAACUAAGAUAUAGCUUGAAGCUAUACAAAUCUAUCACAGGAAUGCAUAUCAUACAGAAGAUUGAAAUGAUGCACUUGGCAAUCAAUCGAAGCAGUCGCACAUUUGCGGUCGCGAUACCAAUGAGACUCACUCCUCCUUCCGCAGAAGAGCUCAGAGAGCAAACGUUCCCUCCAACGUAUUCUGGGUUCGCAGUCUUUGGCCAGGAUAGUCAAACGCCACUGUUGACCGAGUGUUUCGAGACUGCAGUUUCGGCUAUCAUACCCAUCGAAGAUUCAGAAGGAUUCCUGGUCCUCGACGGAACUGCUGAAAUACGAAAUGUGAUGAAGAAGGGCACGCAACCAAUAACUGCAUUGGCUCAACCAACCUCUGAUCUUCAAUUAGAUACAAUUACGGAUGAAGCAACUGGUGAUCUGCUCCAGAUGAUUGAAGACGUUGAAGAUGAGCCGGAAGAAGCUGAAGCUUUAUCUCCCGCGGUCAUGGAGGAUGACGAUGAUACACCUGUUGUGACACAACAAGAACUUUCAGGUGUAUUUGAUAUUGGGCCGGCGUUUGCAUUGCCACCUUUGGAGGAGAUGUUCUAUCAGGUGGCAGGAUUGUUUUCUAGUAAACCUUUGGAAAAGAUGGUAUAAUGAAAUUAUAAUGGUUUCCAUACUUUAAGUUGGCAUAGCGAGGGGGGGUUAUAAACCUUGGAGCGUUAGGGAGCUUUGUAUAUGGCUGUACAGAGCAUAAAAGUACUUAUACCUUGCAGACUUUGGCAAGUUUUCCUUGACUUGGAAUGGAUUGUUAGUAUUACCCAUGCGAUUCAUUUUCUUUGUGAGACUCUUCAGCAGUCACUCGAACACAUCUCGUGCACACCUGUCAUAUUAUCAGGGGCCUUUUCAUCAUAUUGCGCCAUAUCACGGAAUCACCCCGCCAAAUGGUUCCAUAUCA